AUGGAGGAAGUGGGCGCUGCAGACGGUGUAAUUCACAAUGAAGAUUGCUUCUUUAGCAUCCUGGCCUGUGCAGUUCAAGGAAGAAGAAUCCAGUUGCUUAGGGGCUUACCUGCAACAAGCACUGUUGAAGAAAAUUCUCCAGCUGGUGUUUGCGUUCAUACCUUUAAUGUAACUCUUUCUGCAUUGUCUUCUGAAGGUGUUGCAAUACAUCCUACCAUAGUAAAUUCGAAUCCACUUACAGAAGCAUUUGAUAUUGAAUCCAUGGGAGAUCUUGUAUACAGGGUUGUUACCACUGGAAACCCUGUCCUAGAUUAUGAAACAAUGCCAAAGCGCUUUGAUUUACAGAUUUUUGUUGAAGAUACAACUGGGAGAACUGACCUUAAUACACUGACUGUCCAAGUAGUAGAUAAAAAUGAACCUCCUGUAUUUCGAGGAAAUAUGGCAAUUCAAACUGUAACGAUCUACAUCUUGGAAGGUACACCUCCUGAUCGCAUUUACCAAGUUGAUGCAGCUGAUCCUGAAAUGGUGGACUCAAAGUAAUAUUCCUCACUCCCUGCAUCAGUGCCAUUCCUGGUCUCAGAAAGUGGAACCAUUUUUUCCAAAAAAGAAUUUGAUUAUGAGAACGAUCCAUAUUGUUACUUUUAAAUAUAACGUGACAGACCAGAAGGACUCAACUCUACUAAAACAGUGAAUAUAAAUAUAAUUAACAAUGAUGAAAGACCUUACUUUACUGUAAAACAAAGAAUCUACAGGAUUCCAGAGGAACAAAGCCCAGGGACUGUGGUUGCCAAUAUAACAGCUAAAGAUCCUGAUGAUGAAGACUCUGCUAGCAGACUUUUCUACAGCAUCCAGUCUUCUGACACAUAUUUCUCCAUAAAUCCAUCAACUGGAGUGCUGCAGGUGACCAGGAGAAUCGACAGAGAUGUCCUUCCCCUGCAGCUCCACCCUAACAUCUCAGUGAUAGUGCGGGUGGAGGACAGUCCCAGUGGUGGCCACGCCAGUGAAAUUGAUAUCAUCAUCACUAUUGAAGAUAUCAACGACAACCCACCAGAAUGCAUUCCAUCUACCUUCAGGAAAGAGAUAAAUGAAAAUACGACUGCUGGAACAUUUCUUCUUGAUCUCCAAAAUUACUGUAAAGAUGUUGAUGCUGAUGUACCAAACAAUCUAUUUAAUUUCACCAGAUUAUCUGGUUUUGGAAGCAAUAACUUUGCUCUGGAGUCUACUGGGUCCGGAAGACUUGUGAUGACUGGAAGUAUUGAUUUAGAAAACCCAGCUAAUCUAGGAGUUGAAGUUUAUUCUUUGACUGUCAGAGUGCGAGAUAUUGCCUCUCCUAACUAUUCAAACAUCAUUUACAUUUACAUCAGGAUAAAGCCAGUGAAUGAUUUUUUUCCAGUCUUCGAUAGUUUAUCAUAUGAAUUUAAUGUUCGAGAAACUACUAAAGUUGGAUCCAGAAUUGGAAAAGUGCAUGCCAGAGAUGCAGACUGGCCGCCCAGUGUCAUCACUUAUUCCAUUGUAGCUGGAGGAGGCACCAGGGAUUACACAAAUGUAUUCUGGAUCAGCCCAACUAAUGGAGACGUGAAGAUUUUGGCUAGAUUAGACUAUGAAACAACUCAGAAACACCUUUUCACAGUGCAGGCCUCAGACCAAGAGAAGACUGCAACAGCAUCUGUAACUGUGAAUGUUUUAGACGUAAAUGAUGAAGAACCAGUUUGUUCACCCAAUUUCUAUUCAUCUCAAAUCCCAGUCAGUUUAGCAGCUGGGACCAAUGUAAAUGGCUUCAGGAUUCAAUGUCAAGAUCGCGAUUCUGGUCCCAGGUCUUUCCGUUACUUCAUUAAAGAAGGCAAUGUGAACAAUCAUUUCACCUUUUCACCAAGUGCUGGCUCCAACACAUCUCGGCUGAUUCUUGCAUCUAGGUUUAACUAUGAGAGCGGACGUGAUAAAAGGCUGAUUUACAGGCUGCGCGUCUGUAUAACAGAUGACAAUUUACUGUCUGCCAGGGACAAAGCUGCACACCUAGUUAAAACUGGUACAGUGUCUUAAGCAUCAGGGGUUAUCCCAAACCCCAACACUGCCAUUACCACCACGCCUGGCUUUACUCUGGUGACGAAGAGAAAUCUCUACUCUGACUCGGCGUGGUACGUGCCCUUCAUCAUCACCCUCGGCGGUCUGCUGCUCCUGGGACUGCUGGGGUACCUGGGGCUCCUGCUGGCCACGUGGCUCCGCACCUGCUGCCCUCCGGCGCACAAAGCAGACGGCGCUCCUCUGAUAAAUGAUCCAGGAAAGAAGAAACCUAAGAAAGAAGUGGUUUUGAAAAUGACAAGGCUAAACACUGUCUUUGAUGGAGAAGCCAGAGACCCAGUCACCGGCAAAAUCUACGAAUUCAAUACGUGGUCGGGGGCCCGGAGGUGGAAGAAGGGCAAUGAGCCCCUUCAGCCCACUCCGGCCAUGCAGGUAACGUCAAGUGCCGCAGACAACGGUGGCCAUGACACAGGCAGAGCAGAGGCACCAAGCAAAAAAGAGACUUCAGAGAAGAGGAGAGCCAACCGCAGAGACAAAGAGGAAGAACCAACCACAGCUGCCAAGCCCUCAGCAGGGCCAUCACAAACACCAGGACAGGAUGGGGUGAAAGUACAAAAGCAGAAAUAG